GUUCCCAGUGAACAGAAGUUGCCAUCCCUGUAUCUCCUUGACAGUAUAGUGAAGAAUAUUGGAAGAGAUUACAUUAAAUAUUUUGCUGCAAGACUGCCUGAGGUGUUUUGCAGGGCCUACAAACAGGUUGAUUCUUCUGUACGUCCUAGUAUGCGACAUCUUUUUGGAACAUGGAAAGGAGUUUUCCCCUCUGCUCCACUUCAGAUAAUUGAGAAAGAACUUGGCUUCUCACCUAUUGUCAAUGGUUCAUCUGGUGCUGCAACAUCAAGACCUGAUUCUCCAACACAGCAUCCACCCCACAGUAUCCAUGUGAAUCCGAAAUAUUUAGAAGCAAGACAGCGCCUUCAACGGUCAACUAGGGCAAAGGAAAUAAUCAAUGAUGAAAUCAGUCGUGCAGUCAGUUCUAUUGAUGAUGCAGAGAGUUCGGACAAAGCAGUAAUUGUUGGAAGCACAAGACAAUGGAGAAAUCUGCCUACUAAAAUGCCUAAUCUGCGGCCUCAAAGGGUGCUGAUAAACCAUUCCAUUCAUGAGAAAAAAGAAUUCAGAGACCAUGAACUUUCUUCUGAUGUUCCAGUGCUGUCGGAUCCUGGAGUGGAAAGGUUAAGUGAUAGACUUAAAGAGCAAGAUGGACUUGACAAACCAUGUCAUGGUGCUGGCAUAAAUGCUUCUGAAAUGCAUGUCAGUAGUAGUGUUUUCGAUGUUAAUCAUGCUUAUAGCAUAUACCGUGCUUCUGGAUCCGCAGACUUAGAUAAUCAGCUGCCUUUGUUUCAGGAUAGAAGCAUCCAACUAACAUCUAAUAACUGGAAGAAUUGUGAGGAGGAAGAAUAUGUGUGGGAUGAUAUGAAUUCCAGAGCAAUAGAUGAUGCAAGCAAUAAUAGCCUAAUAAAAGGUGGGUGGAGCACUAAUGAUGAAGAUAAAUCUGCAAAUUUGCAAAAAGGCAAGUGGAUGCCUCCGGAAAGCAAACAUCUAUUUUCUCAUCUAAAUAAAACUGACUCCUUAUCUCAAAUGAUGAAGACUGCUGGACGGGAAGGCAGAGUUCCACUGCUUGGGGAACUUGAAGAUCACCUUCAGCAGUGCCAUGCCAAGCAUGAUGCUGACUCAGGAAUAAGGAUGGAAACUUCAGCAGAUUCACCAUACAUGGGGCGAGAUCCUUUGGAGCAUCCUACAUCCUCCAUUUGUGGCCCACUGGACGUGCCACACUCAAUGAAUAGAUUGAAUCAUAGAAGCUCAAGAAUUUCUAGUCAGUCUGAAGGACAGCCAAUUUCUUUUAGUUGUGGUUUGUCUACAAGCAUGAGUUCAUCUUUAGUUCCAGGAUCAUCUGGAAUGUCUGGGCAGUUAAGACAGCAACAGUUGCUACCUCCAUUAUCCUUUGCACAUUCACCUCCAUCUUCUGCACCACUUCCACAUCAGAAAUCACACAAUUCAAUUGAAUGUGAUCUUCUUCGAUCUAAUUCCUUUUUUCCCAUAGGUCAAAAACCUAUGCAUCUUGCAGAACUGUUGAGUCAAGCACCAGAUGCACCAAUAACUCAGGAAUCUUUUCCUAUUUCGGCUCAAAGUCAUCCUCAUCAUUCUCAUUCUCCAUUAACCUCAAAGCCACCUCCAUCAUAUCCUUCUCAGCACCUGCAAAACUCAUCUGCUUCUGGCUCUUUGGCACCUUUUGCUCAGGUUAGGCAUCAUCUUCCCUUCUUGCAGCAACCGCAGCCUCAUCUGUCAGUGCAAGAGACAAAAAUGCAGUCUCAAACUUCCCAUCAGAUCAAGAAGUCACCACCUCUAUUCCUGAGUUUUGGAUCUCAUCUUUUAGGACUUCCUGGAAAGAACAACUCAAAGAAUGCUGCUGUUGAAAUCUCGGAUCAACCUAGCACAAGUAAUUUAUUGGCUGCAAUUGUAAAGAGUGGACUCUUACCAAACCACACAAUGAAUACUUUCCAGAACCUGAACAUGCAGCCUCCCCUACCUAGCGGGCCACCUCCUAUUCAAGUUGUGACAUCAUCUGUUCCUUCUGUCACUCCUGCAUCAAUAUCACCUCUGCUGACCCAUGACAAUAUAUCACCUCUGAUGCUGCCCUCUACAAGAGCCAUGCUUCCUCCCCUGCCACCUGGCCCACCGCCUCCCUCAUCCUUGGUGCAUACCAACAGGGAGACCUCCAAUUUAGCUGUUCCCGCUACAAAUCCACUUUCAAGUCUUCUGAGCUCAUUAGUCGCCAAAGGUUUGAUAUCUUCGCCAGCAACAGAAUUGCCAGCUGCAGCUUCAGUUCAGCUGCCUAACAAACUAGGGAAUCAGAGUAGUGGCUUUGCUAGCAGCACCUCGGAGCAAGAACUUCCAACCUUAUAUACCUCAACCUUUCAUUCACUAGCAGCAAAAGAGCCUUCUGGCACUGAAGAAAUUGCUCCAACAAGUGCUGCUUUGUUACCAUCCACUGUAACAUUGAAGGACCUUUUGGGCAUUGAGUUCAAGCCAGAAAUCAUACGCAAAUUUCAUCCUGAGGUGAUCGGUAGCCUCUUUGAUAACCUAGAGCAUCAAUGCAACAUAUGUGGCCUAAGAUUCAGACUUCAAGCACAGCUCAAUGGUCACUUGGAUUGGCAUGACUCGAAGAAGUCUGAACUGAGCAGUUUCAAUAGAGUUUCUCAAAAAUGGUAUGUGAGUUCGACUAGUUGGGUUUCUGGAUGUGUGGGACCACAAUACAGGCCAGUGGAGUUGGCCUCUUCUGUGGAGGAGAUUGUCAUAAUGGACGAGCAGUAUGAGCCAGCAGUUCCUGCAGAUGAAAGCCAGUGCAUAUGUGCACUAUGUGGAGAACCAUUUGAAGAUGUUUAUUCUGCUGAAAGGGAUGAAUGGAUGUAUAAAGGAACAGUAUAUUUAAAUCUACCAAAGAGGCAAGGUGAUAUGGGAAUCAUGGUGCAUGCUAAGUGUAUGUCGUAAAGCUUAGCUGAUGACAUGGAGGCUGCAUUGGACCCGGUGGAUUGGGGACAUGAAUUCUUCCCGAGGAUGUUUGGCAACUGAAGGGGAAAUUCUCAGGUGUUGCUGGGAUGAGGUCUGGUCUUGCCAUAUUGUGCGUGCCAUCAGGGUCCCUUGUUUGCGCAUGACGAUGAAAAAGCGGUCUUCUUUUGCUCUUUUUAUAUGUUCUCUUAUAAUGUUCAAAAGAAAUGGAUGAGCAGAUAGGGUAGCUUUGUUUUUUCUCCCUUGUCUGAUGGGGCUUGCAUGUCGUUUACUGUUAUUUUAGUUUCCUCAAAAUAGAUUGUCCAUUUUACAAAGCAUCAAGCUCCGUAAUAGCAAGAACCGCAGCGAGGCUAUGAUCAUGAAUAGUCUAGCUUUCCAGUUAAAUUCACCAAUCUCUUCGAUUGCCUGUCUCCCUGGGGUGCAACUCUGACGUACUUCAGCACUGACAACUCACAGGCUUUCAGGAAUUAUAUUCUUCGCUCAAGGUUGCCUGCCUUAUCAUUUGAUAGAUUGAAGGGGCAUAGAACUUUUUCCUGCGCACUGUACGAGUUAUUAUUUUAUUCGUAUGUGUGUAUGCUGCAUCGUAUUCAUAGUUCAUUUGGAUAAAAUUUGUUGGUUUUGGCUCUGCAUUUGUUGAGUUGUACCUGUCAGAAUUCUUGCUAUAAAGGGGGGCAAUGGUCACUCGAUAAUAAUGUUAAUAUCAUGACCAUACCAAGUA